CUUUGCCUCUCAUCUCAUCCCUGUGUUUGUCUCUCCCACUUUCUGCCUUUGGAUCUUCUUCUUCCCUAAGGGUUUGAUUUGCAUAAUUUGGUGAUCAUCACUUGGAAUUGAGGUUUUAGCGCACUCAUUGAUAUCUCUAUUUACUCUCUAUUUCCAAGUUGUUCAGAUAAUUAGGAGGAAGAAGGAGGUCCAAAGUAUAUGGCACCUGUUUCAUUGCCUCCCGGUUUCAGGUUCCACCCUACAGAUGAAGAACUCGUUGCUUAUUACCUCAAAAGAAAGAUCAAUGGUCGAAAGAUUGAGUUGGAGAUCAUACCUGAAGUUGAUCUCUAUAAGUGUGAACCGUGGGACUUGCCAGGGAAGUCAUUGUUACCGGGGAAAGAUUUAGAGUGGUAUUUCUUUAGCCCUCGUGAUAGAAAGUACCCAAAUGGAUCAAGAACGAACCGUGCAACCAAAUCUGGAUAUUGGAAGGCCACAGGGAAGGAUCGGAAAGUGAAUUCCUUGGCUCGAUCUGUGGGUAUGAAGAAAACCCUAGUUUAUUAUCGAGGAAGAGCACCCCAUGGCUGUCGCACCAAUUGGGUCAUGCAUGAAUAUCGUCUUGAUGAGAGAGAAUGUGAAACUGCUUCAGGCUUGCAGGAUGCAUAUGCUCUUUGCCGUGUGUUCAAGAAGACUACAGUGAUUACUCCAAAAGUUGGGGGGCACUAUGUUAAUGCUACCAGUCAUGCCAACCAGAUUAGCGAUCAAUCAUCAAGCAUUGAACUAUACUCUGAAGGAAGGGGUGAAGAUUUAGACAGCUCAAAUUAUUUGAUGCCGAUGGAUAUUGGCUCACUCCACAACAUGAGAAAUGAUCAAACUGGUUUCAAUAUUAAUGAUGAGAGCAGGAAUCAUGAGAAAUUGUCACACUUCUCAUCAGAAGACCCAUUAUUUAGUCUUCCAACUUUUUCAUUUGCUAAUUAUGGAGCUAUAACAUACCCUCCAUCCAAGGUGGAUAUUGCACUAGAGUGUGCAAGGAUGCAGCAUAGGUUUGCUAUGCCUCCUCUGGAGGUGGAGGACUUCCCUCAAGUUGGAAUCUCAGAACUGAAGAUGACACAAGGCUCUAGUUCAAUGCACGCAAGCACAAAUGAAACGGAUAUCUUGCAAGAGAUUCUUUCAGUUGCUCAUGCUUCUCAGGAAUUGAUAAGUCAAUCCAACUACUCACAAGAAUGGGGUGGCAAUGAUACUUAUGCUCCUCGUGAAGAUGAUUUUACUUUCAUGGUUGGCACUAAUUACAAUCAUAUAAACGAUAUGAGCUCAAUGAGAUAUGUUGACAAAACAUGGGGAGAUGCAAACCCAAGGUGUAUAGAGAUUGGAGGAAUGGAUGAAGAAUUUAAGGCAGAGAGGACGGUGGAGAAUUUAAGAUGGGUUGGAAUGUCUAAAAAAGAUCUAGAAAAGAUGGAAGAACAAAAGAUUGUUCCAAUUGAGGACAUUUCAAACUUCCAAAUUAACAGGGAAGAAAAUGAGGUGCAAGAAUCCGAGCAACACAAUAGUAACAAGGAACACAAUGAUAGUGACAUCAACGAUUUCUCAUUGGACUUCAUUAAUGAUGACGAUCCUAAUAAUGAGAACUUUACAGAAGAUGGCAACAUGGAUGAUUAUUCCAGUUCUCCUAGUUUUGAGGUCGUUGAGGAAAUAAAGGUUAAUCAUGGAAUGUUUGUUUCGACUCGUCAAGUAGCCGAGACAUUCUUUCACCAAAUAGUUCCUUCACAAACCGUCCAAGUUCACCUCAAUCCAGUUAUAGCAAACAAUCUUUCUAUAGAGAAUGCAGAGGCAAUGAUGAUGAUAUUGGAGAACAAAGGGUCUUCUUUCGCAGCAAAAUUUAAGGCCUAUGUGAUGGGGAAGCUAAUAAAGCCAUCACAGACAAUAGCAAGUGCUAUUGCUUUUGUCUGUGCACUUAUGUUGAUGCAUUGUGUUUAUUUGAAGGAAGAAAUGGAAAUUUGGAAUGAUACAUGUGGUGGUAGUGCUUGUAACAUGAAGAGAAUGAGUCAAUCAUCUGAGAUAAUCGAAUGGAAUGAGUCAAAAGAGGUUUGGUUUUUUGGUGUCAAAAGUGAGAAAGGAUUUAGUACAGUCUUGAAGAAAAUAGGCAUUUUCCUCACCAUAUCUUUGGCUCUUUGUACCAUGUGGGCUAACCACAUUAUAGUUAACCCUUGA